AUGGCCACCAGAAUGCGUUCUUUUUACACGGCCCCUACCUCAGCUCACGGCUCCACCCACUCCCAGCCGAUAGUAGACGAGUUGAUCAGCAAAUACAACUCUUCCAUAUCAACCAGCACGCGCAGUUGCUCCAUGUCCUUUAGCAAGCGCCGCCGCAAUAUCCUCCAACGCUGUCUCGACCGUCUUUUUCUGGAGUACUACCGCUACGAGGUGACAUUCGGUGUUUAUGUCAUGACUCCCGGCGAAAAGUUUGUUGCCAAUGCCUUUGUCUUCGUAGCCCUCACUCUCCUUAUCUGGGCCGUGCUGUUAUACUUUCCACAACACUUGUUUCGAAACAUAGGCCGCUUCGUCUGGAUCUUGACCGGCCACAGUGAAGACGUGGCCGCACUUUUUGCCCCCCCUCGUGCCGUAGCAUCCAUCAGCAAGGCUCCAUUGGCUAUGGGAAACGAUACGCUCGCACCAAAACCCGGUGUCAAGAGUAUUAAUCGUGACCUGCUUGAGUUCAAGGUUUCAGACCAGAGUGAACGACGCUCGUCAUGGACGAACGUGAUAACAGUCAAGGAGCUCCCUUGGCUUGAUGACCAUAAAUUAGGAAGUACGACUGUAUUCCCUGCAGCAGGAUACCUAACCCUGGCUGCCGAAACACUGCUCCAGUUGCAUAGAGCUCGCGAAACAACAUUCCUGGGGGUCACUCUCCGCCAAGUUGAUAUUUGCCGCAUCCUUGUUAUCCAGGAAGAGAACGAUGAUGCCUCGAUUGUUACAGAACUGCGCCCUGCACGGUCAUCAUCUGUUGAAGAAUGGUGGUCAUUCAAGAUCUGCUCUUUCGUUGGCAGUAAUACAACAAUCCAUGCAACCGGCCAGAUAGCAGGCUUGUCUGAAAUAUCCGUUCCUAAUCCAACAUUCGACAAAUUCUCAAUUGCAUCUAUGGAAGACCAGCCUAGGCAGGCAUGGUAUGAUAAAUUGGCCGAGGAAGGAUUGCGGCUGGGACGUCAAUUCCAAUCGUUGGCCAGGAUCUACAAUGACGGAGCUCAAGGAUUAUGUCGAACAAUCUCCGAAACACGCCUGUUUUCCCGAAAUGACGGAGUUGGUCAGAGUCGGCAUUCGAACUCUCUCUUACAUCCAAUCACCCUCGAAACGCUGCUACAAACGGCACUUAUUGCCUCUGCGGGGGGUGUUAUCUCAAAUUUUGAAGCAAAAGUCCCAGUCGCCGUUGAAACUGUAGAGAUCAUGCUCCCACCGCCGGCUACGUUUAGUAGCUCGUGCCGCAUGUAUGCCGAUUCCAGAAGUAUUGGCCUUGGGGUGUUCAGCAUCGACGCCGAACUAAGGAGUUUGUCCAGACUCGUGCUUAUUAAGAUGAGCAAUAUUCGAUGUGUGCCAGCUUUUGAGUAG